UCGUUUUCAGUAACUGGCGCAAGUUGAAAGAGUUGGUAAGAGCAAAUACUAGUGUACAAGUCUCGCGGAUGAUUCCGCGGUUACAGGCCGGCGUAAUGAGAAAAUUGCAUUGGAUUUGGAGCUGAUGUAGAAAGAAGAAAUAAACUGCUGCUGGUGUUUCUCUUAACCCUUUGGCUGCAGUCAUGCAGGCUUCCAAUGUUUAUGCUACUAUUCCGGGAAUGCCAGAGCUUGGCAUGGUCUGGAUGGGGGAUAUGAUGGUACACAAUGACCCAACACAAGAAUUUCUGAUAGAUCCCAGACAAGCAGAAAAUACACUUUACUCGCAUGAUCAUCACUCCUUUGAUGAUAUUAGAAAUCAUCAAAUCCCACCAACAGCAAUGGUGAGGUACUUACCUCCUCAGUUUCACAAUGAGUGCUCUGAACCUGAGGAGCCUAUGGAAGGAGUGGACGUUCAAGAUAUUCAGCAAGAUUAUGAUCAGAGUGAUAGUCAAGAUAUGAGUGAAUAUCUAGGUUUUGAAGAAGAUUACAUGAACGAGGAUACAAAUGAACAAGAAGUUAAUAAUGCAGCCACCCAAACUCAAGAUGUUCGUAAUCGUAAGAUCAAACCUAUUAAACAUCCAGGCUUAGUUUUAAAAACUCCAAUAGCUUAUCAACCUCACACAGAUUUGAAUUUUAUACCAAUACGGAAAGAUGGUAUAGCUGUGUGUGAAAAAUGUGGUGCCAUUGGAGUGAAACACGCGUUUUACACAAAAGAACGUCGGUUUUGCAGCCGAGCCUGUGCUCGUUCAUCUGAACAUACUGCACCGACUGCAGAUUCUACUUACAGUCCGACUCAUUCAGCAGAGUCGACAUCAGAAACAAAAGUAACGAAAGAUGUUAAACCAAUAGCGAAGAUACCUAUAAAAGAAGAAAUGGUUCAGUCCCAAGAUCAAAUUGUUAAAGAAAAAGUAAAGCCAAUAAUACCUGCUGAACCUGUGAUGCCAGAAGAAUUACCAGUAAGGAGAAAACGUACAGCAGAAAUGGCUGGAUCAUAUGACUGGACACCUCAAUUGAAAGCACCUGGCUUCUGCGCUGCGCCUGUUUCUUGUUUCAAACACGCACCCAUAUCAGAAAUAUGGGAUAAUAUAUCAGUAGGUAUGAAAGUUGAAGUAGAAAACACAGAUUGCGACGAGGUCUGUGAAGCUUUUCCAGAUUCCUUUUGGGUAGCAACAGUACUUCGUAUAUCUGGCUACAGAGCUUUGUUAAGAUAUGAAGGUUUUGGACAUAGCAUAGAAAAAGACUUUUGGGUUUCUUUAUGUUCCAAUGACAUUCAUCCAGUCGGCUGGUGCGCGACUAUCGGCAAACCUCUUAUUCCACCAAACACCAUCGCUAAUAAAUACAAAGACUGGAAAGAUUUUCUGAUGCGACGAUUAACGGGUGCCCGCACGUUACCUACAAACUUUUACAGUAAAGUGAACGACAGUAUGAAAUCACGUUUCCGUGUGGGUUUGCAUCUCGAGGUCGUCGACAAGAACAGAAUUUCCCAGGUGAAGGUCGCAACUGUUCAGAAAAUUGUUGGCAAACGCUUGCACGUUCGUUACUACGAUUCGCCGCCGGAUGACAAUGGAUUUUGGUGCCAUGAAGAUUCGCCACUUAUUCAUCACGUCGGUUGGGCUAAACGCGUUGGUCAGACACUCGAAGCGUAUCCUGAAUAUUUACAGAGGCUCGAAACUGGAAGACUGAGUCCGGAUGACGCUACGUCUGAAUACUUCAUCAAGCCAAAAAAUCAUCUUGCCCAUUAUGGUUAUACAUUCCGUGAAGGUAUGAAAAUCGAGGCGAUUGAUCCGUUGAACCUGUCGGCGAUCUGCGCAGCAACGGUGAUGCAGGUUCUUCGUGAAAAUUACAUUAUGAUUAGGAUCGAUAGUUACGACGAGGAUGCAACUGGUAGCGAUUGGUUCUGCUAUCAUGCGUGUUCGCCAUGUAUCUUCCCGGUUGGUUUUUGCGCACAGCAUGGGUUACCACUUACACCACCUAAAGGAUACGAUCCUACGACCUUCACGUGGGAUUCUUAUUUAGAAGAAAGCAAUACAAUACCUGCUCCCCCAGAAUUGUUCAAUAGAGAAAUUCCUAUGCAUGGAUUUAUUGAAGGUAUGCGACUAGAAGCAGCAGAUCUUAUGGAUCCUAGAUUAGUUUGCGUGGCAACUAUAACAAGGGUUAUUGGACGAUUAUUAAGAGUACAUUUUGAUGGAUGGGAGGAUGAAUAUGAUCAAUGGCUAGAUUGUCAAAGUCCCGACAUUUAUCCUGUUGGUUGGUGCGAUUUGGUCGACCACAAACUAGAAGGGCCUAGAUCAUAUUCGUCAAAAGUUGUCAGUCCGAUAGAACGGAUUGUUGUUUCGUCAGUGACGAAAUCACCGAGAGGCCUUAAACGUAAGGGAAAGCGAAAAAUGAAAAGAGCUGGAGGUGGCCGACCACCCAAUACUCGAAGCAUUCAUCUACGAAGUGCGGAACAGCAGCAAAGGUUAGUAAGAGUAAAAGAAGAACGAGAUCAUCAUUUUGAAAGGGAAGAGGGUCCAGCACAAGGAACAAAAAUCGAACGUGAACGUGGUGAUGUUGAAAGUAUUCCGGAACAAUCAACUGCGAGAGAACCGGAACCAGCAGAAGAACCUGCUGGUCCUGAUCAAACUUUACCCAGUCCAACUAGUGGACAGGGGCAAUCAGUGACUACGACUGACGCGCAAAAUGAUGGACAACUUGCUCCUCCAAAAGAAAGAACGGCUACUUCCUAUAUUAACGCAACUAAUCCCUGUGGAAAGUAUAUUCCAAGGUUAGCAGCCGGCUUGCCCAAAAGCUCAGAAUCGGGCGAACUUGCACCAGCUGAAUGGAACGUCUACGAUGUAGCACAGUUUCUCCGUGUCAAUGAUUGCGCCACUUAUUGCGACAACUUCAGCAAGCGUAAGAUCGAUGGCAAAGCGCUACUCAGUCUUACCAAGGAUCAAAUAAUCGAUCUAACAGGUUUCAAAGUUGGCCCCUCGCUCAAAAUAUUUGACCUUAUCCAACAACUCAAAAUCAAAGUUAAUCCUGCUCAAGAAAGGCUCAAGCUCGGCAUGAAAAGAUGCUGUAACACUCUUAGUAACACUUAGGUUCGAGCUGUAAAACUGAUGUUUACUCAAAUCAAUUUAGCAGAGUAGAAUUUUAAUACUGCAACGGGACGAUAAUACUUUUAUUUCUUAACAUUUGAAAACAUUUAACUUUUAACUAAAAUGCUUGGAUAAGCUCGGUUAUAAAUAAUCUUUUAUAUAAGUUCCAACGACAGUAAGUAGAUAGUGAAUUCACGAGCAUGUGCUUAUUGUAAUGUUUAUUUUAUUUUUAAAGUGGAUUGAAAACAUGCCUCAGAGAACGGAAAAUGGUUGGGCAGCUAACUAUGGUAGUGUCAAUUGAUUGCUUAAAACUUUGCCUUAGUGUAGAGAAAUAAUGAUAGCAGAGAAACUAAUAUUUUUGAAAAGGUGAACAGGUCUUUUUUUCGUCAAAAUUUUUUGUGGUGCAAUACUUGGUGAUCUGAAACGGUGUAAUACUUGUAAGCAAUUACUUGACAAUCUACUAAAAAACUUGACUUUUAUAUGAAAACAAAGAAAAAAAUGUAAUUUGAUACUUUGCGCUAUUGAAUGUUUGGGAUAAAGGAAAUUCGUAUGUAUAAGUGGUGUGAGAACAAAAGGAAAGUACUUCCCUGGCCUUCCUUUACAACUUAGCUAUUUUAUCGUAGCUACUAUUAAUAUAAACCCAUAUCUUAACACAAAAUUAAAAACAAAUUGUACAAUAUCUGUUCUAUAUUCGUAAAAAAAGUAUAUGAUUCCACCUGGCAUUAAUUUGAAAAUAUUGAAAAGGAAUUGCUGAAAAUAUGAAUAGCUAAAGAGAAUAUAGAUAUUUAAUAAUGAUAAUCCAUUCUGUGCAAAAGCGUAGGACGAAAUUUGAAUGUACAUCUAGUAUUAGGCUAACUGUAAAUAUUUAAGUUGAAAACUACAACUGUAAAUAAUAUAUCAUUAUUGAUAAGUUUUCUUUCAGCCAUUUUCAUUCAAAAGUCUAAUAUGUUUAUAAACUUUGAAUGAUAUUUUUAAUUACAUUCUUGAUCUAAUUUAUGAAUCAUAAAUAAUAUUAGAUUACAUGACACUAUAAAAUAUUAAUGUAUAAAUUAAUUUUUUAAUUUAUUUUUUUCGGAACGAAAAUGAAAAGAUUUUUAAGAAUCUUAAUACGAUAGUGAUGUAACAAUAUGUCAAUUGUUAUACUUAUUCGAACAAAGCAACAUUUCUUCUCAAAACUCAGCACUUAACUUCAUAUUGUUCUUCUUUUAUCGAUUAUAAUUAAAAUAUAAGUUGAAAGAUAUAUUUAGUAUGUAUAUAUGUAACGUUUACAUGCUCUGAAAAAUUCAAAUGACUUUAUUGUAUAUUAUAUAUUGACACUUAUCAUGUCAUAUUGACAAAACAUGUAAUUGAUGUUUUAAACUGAAUUUCAUACAUUAUUAUUUAAAAGUUCAUUUGCAUUAAAACAUUUAUAAAAACAGCUUAUGUCCUAAUUUUUUCAAAAUUAAUUUGUGAUCAAUCUGUUCUGCCUUUGAAAUCAAUACUGGAUAAGUGUAAAGUUUAAUCAUUCGCAAAAAAAAAUCGCAAGCAAUCCUCCCAUACUAGCUCCGUUAGUUUGCGAAGCGAACAAAGAAGAGCUUUGCUGUGAAGUAUCACCAAAGAAAGACCUCUUUAUCAGAUCGCUUCCUCGCAUCCGCCCGUCACUUUGAAUUUCAGAGCAGAGCGACAUAAGUACUAAGUUAAUUCUGUCCGAGCGAUGCCGUCGCAGACACACACAUACACGUACACACACAAUGUAUAAAGAAGCAUAAAAAACAGGCGUCGGUCUUUUCUUUUCUCCCUUUUACUUCGUAGUCGGUAGUGUAAUAUCCCAAUGGUCUUCGCGAAAAAUAAAAGAAAACAAGGAUAUGAUCUGUGCGAUAUUUUGUAAUCUUGUACUCAUUGGUAUUAUAAGCCAAAAGAGCGUCUAUUGCUUGAAUGAUUUCUUUCUCAGAUUACUUUUAAUUUUUUUUUAUUUCCGAUUAUUUUGGAGAUUGAAAGCAGGAGAGAACGAUUAACCGAUUGAUUGGUUAUAAAGUACAUGUUUUAUACGCAUAAUG